AUGGAAAACAGUACUGUAAUCAAAGUCAGCCUUCGCAGACCUUAUCCAGCUUUUGUAGCCCACUCAAAAGAAAUUCUCAAAGAGCAUGGCCACGUGGAACUUCAAGGUUUGGGUGAAGCCAGCGCUAACACUGUGAGGGCUGCCGAGAUGCUUUGUUCUCUAGGUUAUGCUGACUUGGAAAAGUUCGAGACACUCUCAGUGACUGAGCCUGAUCAUAAAAACAUUGAUAGACGCAGAAAUAAAGUAGUCGUUGCCUUAACUCGUUCAGCAGGCUUCGACAAAGCUUAUAAUGAGUUCGCAAAUUCUAGAGAAACUCCUAAAUAA